AUGGCGCGCUCGAGCGCGGACGAUAUGGAGCUGAAGCGGGGGUGCGAGGCCGGCAUCCAAGCGAAGGGUGACCGGGACAAGGUGAUGAUGGCCAUGCGCGUCGCCAAGGGCCGCGGCGUCUGGGGCAAAGCCGGCAAGCUCGCCUCCCGCCACAUGGCCAAGCCCCGCGUCCUCGCCGUCACCACCAAGGCGAAAGGGCAGCGGACCAAGGCCUUCCUGCGGGUGCUCAAGUACUCCAAUGGCGGCGUCCUCGAGCCGGCAAAAGUGUACAAGAUAAAGCAUCUCCACAAGAUAGAGGUCGUGCAAAACGAUCCCAGCGGCUGCACCUUCCUCUUGGGGUUUGACAACCUGAGAAGCCAGAGCGUCGCGCCUCCGCAAUGGACCAUGCGCAACAAAGAGGACAGGAACCGUCUGCUGAUGUGCAUCCUCAACAUAUGCAAAGAGCACUUGGGUAGCAUCCCCAAAGUUGUCGGCAUGGAUGUGGUCGAGAUGGCCAUCUGGGCAAAGGAGAACACUACAACAAAAGUUACACAAGUGAUCAGCAAAGAUGGGCCAGUUGAAUCAGUAGUGUUAGAGGCUGAAUCGCAUGUUACUGUUGAGAAGGACCUCGUUUCUCAGGCAGAAGAGGAGGACAUUGAAGCUCUUCUUGGCAAUUAUGUCAUGGCCAUUGGUGAAGCAGAGGCUUUUUCAGAAAGAAUGAAGAGGGAACUUGUAGCUCUAGAAUCUGCAAACGUUUAUGCCCUCAUGGAAACAGAAUCAGUGGUAGAAGAGGUAUUGCAAGGUUUAGAAAUAGCCAGUAUAUGUGUUGAAGAUAUGGAUGAAUGGCUAGGGAUUUUCAAUAUAAAGCUCAGGCAUAUGAGGGAGGAUAUACAAUCUAUAGAAUGGCGUAAUAACAGGCUGGAGUUGCAAUCUGACAGUAAUGUGGCUUUGAUUGAUGAGCUUGACAAAUUGCUUGAGCUCCUGCAGAUUCCACCUGAAUAUGAGGCAUCAUUAACUGGUGGAUCAUUUGAUGAGGGAAAUAUGGUCAAGAACAUUGAAGCCUGUGACUGGUUAACCAGUGCUAUAAAGAACCUAGAAGCAUCCAAUCUAGAUCCAAUCUAUGUUAAAUUGCGUGCUGUCAGGGAAAAACGUGCGGAAUUUGUACUUCUUAAGUGCACAUUUGUUCGGAGGGCAUCAGAAUUUUUAAGAAAUUACUUUCCUAGUUUGAUUGAUUCUAUGCUAAAUGACAAAGGAAACUUCUCUCAGCGAGGUCAUCUGCAGAGGCCUGACCAUGCUGAUAUGAGAUACAAAUGCAGGACAUAUGCACGGCUUCUACAACACAUCAAGAGUUUGGACAAGAGUUGUAUGAUACCUUUACGGAAAGCUUACUGCCAUUCAUUGAACCUGCUAAUUCGACGUGAGUCCCGUGAAUUUUCUAAUGAACUCCGUAAUAGUUCAAAAGCAUCAAAGAGCAGCACACCAUUGUUUGAGGGUCCUGCCGGUGCAAACCAGCCAGCAAGUAUUACCGAUAGUCCUGCAGAUGCAUACACAAAGAUGAUUACUGUUUUCAUUCCACUUAUUAUUGAUGAGAGCUCAUUCCUUGCACAUUUAAUGUGCUUUGAAGUCACUACACUUUCUCAAUCAGAUUCCUCAAGUAAUCCUAAUUCUGAAGCAACUAGUACUCCUUCGGUCACAUUAGAGGCUUCUUCAAGCAUUGGCAAAGCAAGUAACAAUCCAGCUGAGUUGGGAGUGCUCAACGAAUGCCUUCAGGAGUUGCUUGACGGUAUUCAGGAAGACUUUUAUGCACUCGUUGACUGGGCAUUCAAGCUAGAUCCACUGAGUUGUAUAUCGAUGCAUGGAAUAACUGAUCGGUAUCUUUCUGGUCAGAAAGCAGAGGUGUCUGGAUAUGUACAUGUGUUGCUUGAUGACUUGGAGACAAGAAUAACAAUUUUGUUUAGCAGGUUUGUAGAUGAUGCCUGCUACCAGAUUGAGAAGUAUGAGCGCAAUGUGCGGCAAAUUGGAGUUGUGCCCUAUAUUCCCAGGUUCUCACAACUUGCGGCACGUAUGGAGCAGUAUAUCAAUGGAUCCAGGGAUCUAGUUGACCAGGCAUAUACUAAAAUUGUGAGUAUUAUGUUUGUGAUACUGGAGAAAAUUGCUCAAGUGGAACCUAAAUAUGUUGAUAUUGUACUUUUGGAGAACUAUGCAGCUUUUCAGCACAGUUUGUAUGACUUGGCAAAUGUUGUGCCAACGCUUGCUAAAUAUUAUCAUCAAGCUAGUGAAGCCUACGAACAAGCUUGUUCACGCCAUAUCAAUUUGGUCAUAUAUAUUCACUUUGAAAAACUAUUCCAGUUCGCUCGGAAAAUUGAGGAACUAAUGUACAACAUGAGCCCUGAAGAGAUACCUUUCCAAGUUGGAAUGUCAAAAGUUGAUUUUCGCAAGAUGUUGAAGUCUAGCUUAGCUGGACUUGACAAGACAAUAAAUGCAAUGUAUAGAAAACUUCAGAAGAAUAUGACUGCUGAGGAAUUGCUGCCUUCACUAUGGGAAAAAUGCAAGAAAGAGUUUCUUGACAAAUAUGCAACCUUCCUCAAGUUGAUUUCGAAAAUAUAUCCUGAUGAAAAAGUGACAUCUGUGAAUGAAAUGAGAGAUAUUCUAGCUUCGCUGUAGCAGUCUCUGUCACAAGGUCACACAAGUAGACCUGAUUCUCAUCAUCUCAGGUUUGUGAUCUGACUGAACUACCUAUCCAGUAUGUGAUUGCUGAACCAGAUAUCCAAUUCAUGGCUGUAGUAACUGUAAAUGAACUAUGGUUGACAUUGACAUUAAAUCUCAACACUUUGUUUCUUUGUGCUUUGUACUGCCAAUAAUAUGUACAAGUCAAGAUUAGACAUGAUGAUUGGAGUGGAACUUUGAGACACUAUUAUUGUUGACAGAGAUGAACAAAAUAUAAGGCAUGUGAAACCAAAAUGGUCUUGUAUACAGAUGAUUUGGAGGAGAAUUAUCACUUGGUAAGGAAAUGGAGAUUCCCUUGCCGGGGUAUUUGGUUGCAGAGGUUAGAUAGUACAUUUGGCUUCUAGGGAAGAAAACAAACAUGGCGCAUUGACAGUCGGGUUGUACUGAAGAAGUUAAACUCUGAUGACAGAAAUAUCUUUACCUGUGAAGAAUGGUGGUCUUAACACUCAUACAGCACAUCUAGGACUUCGUUAGCUGUUGAUAUUUAGCCCAAUUUUCAUUUUUUAUUAGACAUUUUGAAUCAAUUGCUAUUACAUACGAAUGUAAUAAACCACCGGCAUGACUGGAUUUGGCAGUCCAAUGCGGGAUGUAACAGAUGUUGCAAUCCGGUGCUGCCUGUUGUUACAAAAAAGUGAUGU